CUCAAAUCAUAAACUAACAGUGACCAGUGCUGAUCAAGAAGUGUCUUUGGACAUAGAAGCUAAUAUAAAUCCCCGCUGUGGUUCAGGAGCUAAUAGCAUUGGAGGAAUGAAUGCAUCGAACAGACAAUAGAUGUUACUAGGUAACGAUGAAUAUUAAAGCAAUUUGAUAAAACUGCUGCUGCCAAGCAUUCCAAAAGCGCAUCUUCGGACAUUACAGCAACAGAGUCGUUUGCCUGUGUGCUAAUGGCAAAUUUCUUAAUGCCACGUCUGCCACCUGGUAACAAACAGCAGUAUAUUUUUCAUUAGUUUCCGGUUUUUUUUUUAUAGCUCUUAUUUGCCUCAUGCACAUUAUUGUCUAAUACGUAAGAAGGCAAACUUUAAAUGUUUGAUAAGGUUUUUGACUAAAGGACUCACGCUAAAUAGAUAAACAUCACUGUACGUGUAUAUGCUUUUUAAUGGUUUGGACAACUUACGAGGCCCAAAUAGGAAGCAAGACGCUGCUUUUGUGAGCUUGAUUCGAACUGAUGACUUCACCGCAGAUGUUGUUAUUGUAAACAGUGUGAAGACAGGCACUGAUGAACAUAUCUAUUAUUCUGAGCAAAAUAUUGGCUGUUCGCUGUUGGAUAACGUUAUGGCAAGUGAGGGCUUAAAAGGUCUUUCUCUUUGCACAAUAAACAAGUAUUUUAUGCUUCCUAUGGUAAAGAUAAAGGCUCUCAUCAAGUUAGGAGAUGCUCCACAAAAGAAUAUUAUACCUAUACCGGCUCUAAGAGGUAUGAAAAAGAGAGAAAGGGAAGGGAUGUCUAAUGAAAGCAUAAAAGAUGCCUUUCUUAAUAUUUCAACAGCCAAAAUAGUUCAUACUUUAAAAUAUAUAUCAAAAGCUAGUUCUACAGGAAUGAGUUGAAUGUAAAAGAGUAACUCAAGAAGCUUUGUAGUAAAAGGCUUUUUUAUAUGAUACAACAAUACUUUCAUAAACCUCAAAUAAACUUACUUUAAGCGACAUUUAAUAAAUCCAAAAUGAA